AUGUCCGCCGCCAACUUCCGCCUCCGCGUCACCGCCGGCCCCACCUACGACCGCGCCACACACACCCUCGUCCCCGUCAACACCUCCACCCCACUCACAAUCACCACCCCCACCUCCACCACCACCCUUCACAUCCGCUUCUCCUCCUACAAGUCCCCACCCAGCCAGCCCCUCCCCUCCACACACCCCUACUUCGCCCACCCGACGCACGCAAAGGCAAAGGACCUCUACUCCUUCCAGCUCCUCUUCACCCCCACCGCCGCAGACAUCAGCGGCGCCGACCUUGUCUGGGGAAACGACUUUGACCGCCCCAUCCGCGACCUGCUGCCGUUCGGCUUCAGCGUCUUUUGGAACAUUGGCAAAUGGAUCGACCCGGGGCUUGAGGGAGACCUAUAUGCCGAUAAGCCGUGGGUGUGGGGGAGCGUGCUUAGCAGUAUGAACGUCAUCGCUGUUGCAUCCCCUGGCACUGCCACGCCGCAGGAGACGGAAAUCAGCGACGUGGUGCAGACAGAGAUGCACCCGCCCCCGCCUACGGAGCCCGGGGCGGGAUGGAGCGGCGACACAGUGCUCGAGGAGGACAUGUCUGCCUCUACCACCCCCGCGGGCAUCCCCUCCGCAGCGGGGGCACGGAAGAAGUUCUUCCUGGAGCGGGGGCGGCGGGAGGGGUUUGUGUUUCGGCGGGGGUGGCGGUACGGGUUUGACUUUUUCGGGCCGUGGCUCGAUUUUGCGGGGUUUGAGAUUCGGCUGCCGGGGUAUGCGCUGGAUUUGUUGAAGUAUUGGGAUGGGCAGCCGGUGCGGUAUGUUUUGCGGAAUGCCCGGACGGGGGAGGUGUAUUUGUGUGUGUUGCUGGACUUUGUGGAGGUGGGGGAGGGGGGGGUAGAGGUGGAGGUUGUGAGGUGA